AUGCCAGAGAUUGUUAACUCCAAUUGUAUUGUUAUUGUUAUUGCUAUUGUUACUGCUGGAUGCUUGUUUUUGUUUGCUUGCCUUUAUCAGAUCUUUGGAAAGCAGUUGGUAGACUGGUUCCUCUCCAAGUUGACAAAACAGUUGCCAUCAAAUUUUCGCAGCAUUAACAUCUCGCUGCCACAGUGUAUUACAGGUUCUACAGGCCAUCUAACCGCUGAAGGUAUUCUUAACGAAUCUGAGCACUUGUACAGAAGUAGAAACACAAAAUUCAAAAGUCUAACUGCUUUCCAAAGAUCUGAUAAAAUAAGAUGGAAGGGAGGGGAGGUCAUAGUGUUUGUCUCUUCAAACGAUAGAAAUAUGUAUUCGGCAUGCGACCUCAACUAA